AGCCGUGAACAAGAAAAAACAUUCUGUUUGUCCGAGAUAUUCUUUCGCGAAAUGGCGGCAGAGCGACCCACGCGUGCUGCACUGUGGGUGAGCCCUCAGCGCAUUGCCAUCUCAGGCAUGAGGCAUCCCAUCGCCUCGUGCCCCUUCGGCCGAGUCGUUGCCGCGGGCUUCCUCAGCGCGGCGCUUCUGGGCUUCGGCGGGGGGUGGGAGCCGUCUGCCACCGGCAACGGCCUCCUGAAGAAGGAUGUCGUGCCUGAGUCGCCACAGGUCCAGGCGCCGCAUUUGAUGCGACGUGAGCCUAAGGAGACCGCGAGCCCGCCGGCCGAGCGGCCAGAGCAGUGGGGCCACCUCAUGAGGAAAGAGGCGAAGGUUGCCGUGGCACCGGCCACAGGGCGUGCACCAGGCCCUGCCAUGUUCGUGGCAAUGAUCUUCGGAGCAUUGGCCAUCUACAGCUUCGGACAGCAGCUCAGGAGCGCCUUCAAGCUCCUGGUGCAGGGCUCUGGAUACGACCUCAAGGGCAAGUGAGACGCACGCGAUGGACCAGAUGAACCAGAAGCUAAAUGAGUUUCCGAUCGCUCACAAAGACCGAACCAAAG